UUGGUUCACCUCACAUUUGUUCCUGGUCUAAAUAUUAGUGUAUUUUACUAUAGUUACCUAUCAUUGUCGUUGCCGAAUUAUUUAUAACUUUAUUUUCUAAAUCUAUAUUAAUUGAAGCGUAACGCCGCUAGCAUAUUAGCGUGUUAGCUUGCCUUCUGUUUACAGUGUGGAAUAUCAUCUCCCCCUAUUUGUCUUGUGUGCUAACUGUUUCUCUUUUUAAGCGUAUAUACUAAGACUCAUCAAGCAACCUUGCUAAGUUAGGAUUGCACUUCAUACCCGGUGAGUUAUGGCUUCUAUUCCUAUUGUUGUUACUUGCACCUCAUGUCAUAUGUUUAGUUUAGCCUUCUCUGUCAGCGGCGAGGGUUUUACAUGUGAUAAAUGCAGGGAAGUAGUUAGGCUGACGGAGAAGAUCUUAGAAUUAGAGUCUCGCAUCCAAUCUAUAUUUGAGGAUAGUAAGAGUGUUAGGACUGUAGAAAACACUUCGGAUGCGAGCAAUGUUAGCGCACACAGCUCGGUUCCGGUUGAAAAUCCCCUGCAGCUGGGAAACUUUGUGACGGUGAGACGGCAUAGUCGCAGGACAAAACAUCACUCAACCGUUCCGAUUAAAGUCUCGAACAGGUUUGCCUCGCUCAGUGACGCACCGACUGAGAAACCUGCUGAAAGUGCCCUAGUGAUCGGUGAUUCUAUUGUCCGGAACGUUAACAUAGAGACACCAGCCACCAUAGUCAAAUGUUUACCGGGAGCCAGAGCGCCUGAUAUCAAGUCAAAUUUAAAUGUGCUGGCUAAGGCUAAUCGUAAAUACAGUAAGAUUGUUAUUCAUGUCGGCACAAAUGACGUUAGACUCCGUCAAUCGGAGAUCACUAAAGAUAAUAUUAAAGAGGUGUGUGAGCUCGCAAAAACGAUGUCAGACACUGUAAUAUUCUCUGGCCCCCUUACUGCUUACCGUGGUGAUGAGAUUUAUAGCAGAUUAUCAUCACUAAAUGGCUGGCUGUCUGAGUGGUGCCUGCAGAAUAACAUAGAUUUUAUAAAUAACUGGAAGAGUUUUGAGGGCAGACCUGACCUGUUGAAACGAGAUGGUCUCCAUCCCUCCUGGGAUGGGGUUUCCCUCCUCUCUAGAAAUUUGGGACACAGUCUUAAUAAUGCUAAAAUCUGACAAACCUAGGGCCCAGGUCAGGAACGAGACAGAAUGGCUUAACCAACUGUCUGCUUGCCGUCUCGCGUUACAGAAUACACAAAAUAUACAACAUGUAAUAAUCCCUUCUUACAAACAACAUAAAAUAGAGACUGUGUCUGUCCCCCGGAUUAGCAAACAUAAGAUAUUGCGUAAACCUCUUGAAAGUAAUUUAAUAAACGUUAAACAAAUCAAACAUGAACAAAAUACAGAUAAUCAGCUGUUACGACUCGGAUUGCUUAAUAUUAGAUCUCUCUCAAAUAAAGCACUUUUUGUUAACGAUUUGAUAACCGAUCAUAAAAUAGACAUGCUUUGUUUGACAGAAACAUGGCUAAAGCCAGAUGAUUUUAUUACUCUAAAUGAAUCCGUUCCCCAAGAUUAUUA